CCGCCGAACAGCACAGCUCGGGCCUACAUCUCUGUGGUCAUUAACAUCGCCCGCUCCAUCCUGGAGUCAGGCCAAGGUAACAUGAGUCUCUGGGCACGUUUUGAGAGGGCAUCACUACAAGAUGUUCCUAUGCUCAUUGGCCAGAUUCUCAAGGGCCUAUGUGACAUCAUAGAGUUCAACCUAGAGGCUCAGAAGAACAUGAUGGGUCCAGAGGAGUAUUUCAAUUCAACCGCUUUAAAUGCUAUCGCGGCUCAAAUUAAGCUUUACCUAAACGUCACACAGGAGUGGAUGAAACAACCCAAUGUCCCGUUGAUCUUCACGAGUAUGCUUCAAUGGGGGAAUUCUUCCAUCAACAUAUCUACCCCUGUGACAGACAUUCAGCACCUGCUGCAGACAACGUCUGUAUUCCUCAAUGAGAGUGAAGUCAUCUAUCUUUCUGCAAUUCUCAAUAUCAUGCGCUCCCUCGAGAAAGCGCUAAUGGUGGCUGAGCGACCAGGGGGCCUUCAAAGUGAUCCCCUCGUAGCCGCCAUCGUGGAAGGAGUCAAAACCACUAUGGCGCUCCUGAUUGGAGCCACAGGCCCCCUGCCGCACUCUGUACAGCAGGACAUCCUGGAUAUUGUGCAGGAUUCAUUGAAGCUCAUUGUCCUGCCAGACAAGAACUUUGACUCAUCACGAAACAUCUCCCUCCUCAUCCUCAAGAGAGCUCAGAGGGUCGUCCAAACGAUAAUACCGGAAAUGUAUGCCGUAUACAUAAUUCCUGGAAUCAAAGUGGCAACAACAUUCUUUGAGAGCGCCUCGGGAGAUAGUGGACCAGACAUCUGGAAUCACAUGAUUUUGAGUGAGCUGAAGACGAUCGAGAGCCUUCUGCCGCCGAACAGCACAGCUCGGGCCUACAUCUCUGUGGUCAUUAACAUCGCCCGCUCCAUCCUGGAGUCAGGCCAAGGUAACAUGAGUCUCUGGGCACGUUUUGAGAGGGCAUCACUACAAGAUGUUCCUAUGCUCAUUGGCCAGAUUCUCAAGGGCCUAUGUGACAUCAUAGAGUUCAACCUAGAGGCUCAGAAGAACAUGAUGGGUCCAGAGGAGUAUUUCAAUUCAACCGCUUUAAAUGCUAUCGCGGCUCAAAUUAAGCUUUACCUAAACGUCACACAGGAGUGGAUGAAACAACCCAAUGUCCCGUUGAUCUUCACGAGUAUGCUUCAAUGGGGGAAUUCUUCCAUCAACAUAUCUACCCCUGUGACAGACAUUCAGCACCUGCUGCAGACAACGUCUGUAUUCCUCAAUGAGAGUGAAGUCAUCUAUCUUUCUGCAAUUCUCAAUAUCAUGCGCUCCCUCGAGAAAGCGCUAAUGGUGGCUGAGCGACCAGGGGGCCUUCAAAGUGAUCCCCUCGUAGCCGCCAUCGUGGAAGGAGUCAAAACCACUAUGGCGCUCCUGAUUGGAGCCACAGGCCCCCUGCCGCACUCUGUACAGCAGGACAUCCUGGAUAUUGUGCAGGAUUCAUUGAAGCUCAUUGUCCUGCCAGACAAGAACUUUGACUCAUCACGAAACAUCUCCCUCCUCAUCCUCAAGAGAGCUCAGAGGGUCGUCCAAACGAUAAUACCGGAAAUGUAUGCCGUAUACAUAAUUCCUGGAAUCAAAGUGGCAACAACAUUCUUUGAGAGCGCCUCGGGAGAUAGUGGACCAGACAUCUGGAAUCACAUGAUUUUGAGUGAGCUGAAGACGAUCGAGAGCCUUCUGCCGCCGAACAGCACAGCUCGGGCCUACAUCUCUGUGGUCAUUAACAUCGCCCGCUCCAUCCUGGAGUCAGGCCAAGGCAAGUCCACUUCUCAGUGUCACUUUAGCUGGACGUGUUGA